AUGGAAGGUGUGUCACCAAAUUCUUCUAUUGAUGAGUUAUUUAAAAAUGCUGAUAAUGUUAUUAAUAAAGAAAGAGAAAGAGAAAAAGAUAGAGAAAAUGGUAUUGAUAUAUUUUCAAAGAAACAAAAUACAAACAAUGGUGUAAGAAGUGCUUUUAAUGAUUCUGAUGACCAAAAAAAUCUAACUGAUUUAUUUGACUUUGGUAUUAAAACAUCUUCAAACUCAUCCUGCUAA